AUGGAACAGCUCCGUGAGCUGUCCAAAGGCAAUGUAGUCCAGAGUUGUGAUUUAUGUCGGGUCAAGAAGAGGCGAUGUGAUCUGAAGGAAGGCGUCAAACGCUGCUCUUCAUGCACAAAGUCCAAGUCCGUGUGUCAGAUUACCCAUGUGACGAAACCGCGGGAGAAGAAAAAGAAGAAGCAGAUUGAGGGCCUUGAGGGCCGUCUCAAAAGUCUCGAAGACCUCAUCCGGACGUCUCUGGCACCUGCACAAGCCGCGACGAAAACGAUUGAGGAGUCGGAUGGGCGAACUCAGCCCUCAGUGACACCAUCUGUACCGUCGGUAGAGGGCUUUUCGUUCAACAACCCCUUGGCUGCUAGGUCGGAGCUAGGAGUUGAUUCCUCUCUGUCAACUUCUACAGCAUUGUCUAGCUCAGAACCGCAGGUCGACUAUUGGUCCGAGAGCGCUGACCAACAGAUGCAACUGAAUCAACACGACCCUCCCCCGACUAAUAUUGACUUGCAGCCCACGACGAGGGUCCGCGAUAACAAUAAGAAGUGUUCGCUACCGCCGGCGGAGGGAGCAUUUUUCUUGCUUCAAGAAUACCUUGAAGAUUUUAACGCUGCAACACCUCUGUUCGAUCGAGUCACCAUAAGUACCCUGUUUGAAGACUGCUAUAAUGGUAGAUCUGUGGUGUCGGUGAUUUCUUGGGUGGCCUUGAAAUUGGUUUUAGCCAUUGCUCAUCGUCUGCGGGCUAUGAGCCCACUUGGAGUCAAGCAGGACUCGGAGAAUGCGGAACUAUAUCUCGAGGAAUGUGUUGUGGAGCUGCAUAUCCUGAUGAUGGAACGGCCGAGCCUAUUACUAUGCCAGUGCUAUAUCGGCAUGGCGGUGGUGAUCUCAACGUCAUCGAACCCAAAGCCAGCCGCCAUGUUCGUGUCAAUGGCACUUCGCGUUGCUCAGGAUCUCCGAAUCAACGACUCUUCCUUGAACAGCCCAAUAUCACCCAGGGAAAGAUUGCAGCAACAACGAGUCUUCUGGGUUGCAUAUUCUAUGGAUGCCGAUUGGAGUCUGAGGGCUGGAAGAACCCCAAGCUUGAGCCCAAACCUCAUCACGAUCGACCUGCCUGCUAGCGAGGAUCCAGACGGAGCAGGAGAGAUCUGUGCAAUUGGUGGAGAGUUUCGGAUAAACGUGUUUCGACUGCGAGCAGAGCUCGCCCUUAUUCAAGCCGAGAUUAUGGAAAAGCUGCAGUCGCCGGAUGUUUCCAAGAAGCCCGCAUUUGACGGAGAUAUUAUGUGGCACACUCUAGCCCUGAAAUUGGAUGGCUGGCGAAAGCAAUGGCCUGGAAAUUUGACCGUCGAACAGUUACAGCAAUACCUUCAUCGGUCAGAUCUGGUCCAUAUGAUUGCCGUUGAAGCAGCUAUCUUCAGCACACUUUAUCUCCUUGUGGCGUACCUUGCCCCAGACACGCGCACAAAGACAAGACCAUUUUCCCCAGAAGGACUUCUCGAACAACUCACAAGGCCACAAGCUCAGUCCACUUAUCAUGAUGCCAAACGUUUCGCCGGCCUUCUGGCAUCUGUGCCCGGUGAGGAUGUCGCAAUCAAAUGGCAAACGAUGGAAGCAAUAGCCGCUGCUAUAACAGUAAUUCUCUCAUACAUCGUCAACAGACCAGACGGCGAAAAUUCAAAAUCCGAUCUUAGGUUUGCUCGGCCUGGAAUGUACACUCUCAAUCAGCUUUGCAGCAUAAGUAAAGAUAGCGAUUUUGCUGCACUCAAGACCAUCUGUGUCGAUUUGUACUUGAGAGCGGAGAGAGCUCUUCAAUAA